GUCCACAGUGAGUUAUGCACUCUGCAAAUAACUUUCGUGUGAGCUUUGUACAGUCUGUAUUUCCUUUUGAUAAUCUUGGACCAUAAAGCACAUCAUUACCUUUAUCACAGUCUGCUACACACAAAUAAAUACAAGCGUGUCUGCUCCAGCUACCAUCAGUCUUACCUGUGACUUACCUGCUAUCAACACCAUGCUCUGCUUCAGGCUCAGCAGCAGCAUACUGCAGCUGGCAGCAACCUGUUUGCUCAUGACAGCAGAUGUUUCUGCAGAAACAGCUAUCAGCUGUGACGACGGCUUCAGUGUUCAGCGUCUGAGCUGCGAGAGCGGAGUGAUCAGCGUGCAGGCCGCCCUGUACGGACGCGCAGACGGCGAGACGUGCAGUGAGGGCCGACCGCCACAGCAGCUCGCCAACACCGGGUGCUCUCAGAGCGGCACCGUGGACGUCCUCAGGAGAAGAUGUGACGGCAAAAGAGUGUGUGAACUAAAUACGAAUGUUGUCCGUACUGCUGAUCCCUGCCCUGGCAUCUUUAAAUAUUUGGAGACUAACUACACCUGCUUCCCAGCAGUUCACACAGUCAUAUGCGAGCACUCUCUGGCACAGCUUUACUGUGAUGAAGGGCAGGUUAUACUUGUGUAUAAUGCUGAUUAUGGCCGCCGUGACCAGACCACUUGUUCCUACCAACGUCCUGCCUCUCAGAUCCAAAACGUCUACUGCUCAAACCCCACGAGCAAAGUCGCCGAAAGCUGCAGUGGAAAGAACAGCUGUAUUGUCAAAGCGAGCAACUCAGUGUUUGGAGACCCCUGUGUCGGCACUUAUAAGUACCUGGAGGUGGCCUACACAUGCCAGUUGAGGCUCAGCACCACACUGUCGCUGGCAGCGACGUGUUUGCUAAUGACAGCAGGCCUUUGCGGAGCCCAGCUCUCUUCCUUCUACCACGUGGACGCCUUGACGACGGAGCGAGUGAUCACCUGUGAUGACGGCGGCAACGUCCAGCGCCUCAGCUGUGAGAGCGGAGUGAUCAGCGUGCAGGCCGCCCUGUACGGACGCGCAGACAGCGAGACGUGCAGUGAGGGCCGACCGCCACAGCAGCUCGCCAACACCGGCUGCUCUCAGAGCGGCACCGUGGACGUCCUCAGGAGAAGCUGUGACGGCAGGAAUGUGUGUGAGCUAAGCACAGACGUCGUCCGUACUUCUGACCCCUGCUUCGGCAUUUACAAAUACCUGGACACCACCUACGCCUGCCUCCCAGCCAUCCGCACUGUGGCGUGUGAACACUCUCUAGCAAACCUGCAGUGCGAUGAAGGGCAGGUUAUAUUUGUCCUUGGUGCUAAUUAUGGACGUCACGACAAGACCACGUGCGCUGACGGGCGUCCUGCCUCUCAGAUCCAAAAUGACUCCUGCUCGAGGCCCACUCAGAAGGUUGCUGAGAGCUGCAACGGGAGGAGCAGCUGUGCCGUCAAAGCCAGCAACACAGUGUUUGGAGACCCCUGCUUCGGCACUUUCAAAUACCUGGACACCACCUACGCCUGCCUCCCAGCCAUCCGCGCUGUGGCGUGUGAACACUCUCUAGCAAACCUCCAGUGCGAUGAAGGGCAGGUUAUAUUUGUCCUUGGUGCUAAUUAUGGACGCCAUGACAAGACCACGUGCGCCUACGGACGUCCUGCCUCUCAGAUCCAAAAUGACUCCUGCUCGAGGCCCACUCAGAAGGUUGCUGAGAGCUGCAACGGGAGAAGCAGCUGUGCCGUCAAAGCCAGCAACACGGUGUUUGGAGACCCCUGCUUCGGCACGUACAAGUACCUGGAGAUAGCUUACAGGUGUGAAGCUCCUGUGUUUGACACACACAAAUCACACUAAUAUCACAACACACUACAACACACUGCACUGGAUGUGAAUACAUGCUCCAUCUGCAGUCUGGGAUAAGCACAGCUGUAAGCCACUUAUUUUUAAGCAACAAUGUCAAACUGCUGUGAGAGACUAAAUGAUUAACGGUGAUAAUUACUGGUUGCAGCUCGAGUUAUGGGAAACGGUGAAGGAAGUAAUCAAAAAACACUGAAAUGAUUAUAGUUAGAUAUAAUAUAGGUUUAAUCUCAUACGUUUUCAUUUUCAGUUUCUUGUACUGAAUACUUUGUCAAUGUGACAAAAACAAAAUGGCCUCAUCUGCUGUGUGAUCUGUUGAAAUUACAAGAUGAAAUGUUAGAGUUCAGUUCUAUGGUUCAUAGUUCUGGUUAUUUGGUGAUCUUAUAUUUAUUGUAAUCAUUUAAUAAAUGAAUCAUUUAA